AUGGCUGCGACGGCUGCUGCUGCAAUGGAACCAGGCUCGCCGUCCUCGGUCGUCUCACCAUCGCCCGCUUCACCAUCGCCCUCCUCCGCCUCAGAGGCCUCAGAGGUCUACCGGCCAACCCACCCCAUUGCGCAUCUCCAAGGCCCGUUUGAAGAGUCCAUCCUCGAGUCCAUCAAUGGCUUCAACCAGGAAGUCCUUUCCCCGCCAGACGCCGUCACCCGGCGCAAGCAGCUCCUCCAGGGCUCCAAGUACCAGCGCUCAUGCUCUGGCAAGUGGCAGCAGCGCAUGGGCGAGCGUUACCAUCCGCUGUGGAAGAUCAUGGCACAGGUCUCCUUUGGCAUCCAUCUGCUGGCUACCGGCUCGGCCAGGUCGGAGCUCGAGUCUGUCCAGAUCCUGCGUGUCCAUGUCGCCGAGAUCGAUGGCUUCGUUCGGCGCACCAUGGAGGACUACCAGCUCGCACACGAAGAUCUCACGGCCAGGUUCGACCUGCUCGCCGUCCCGCUGGCGAACCUGGACGUGCUCGACUCCAUGCUCGGGGACGAGUCCUUUAAGCUCUUCCUCGUCGACUGCAUCGGCAAGAUAAACCAUGUCGUCCGUCGCUCAGAGAUAUCGCUGCAGGACUCCCUCAAGGACCUCAGAAAGGCCGCAAUCGCCGUCCGCACCGUCAAGGACUACCUCAACAUCCUGCCCCAGAACCAAAAUACCUGGUCUCCUUCCUUUGGCGGCGUCUACGCUGACAUGUUCCAGCGCGUGGGUCUCUGGCUUACCAGUCUCUCCAAUCUACAGGCCCAGGGUGUCCGCCUCGUCGAGUUUCUCGUCAAUCUCUCUACUUCAAUAUCCCGGUUGCGGCUGAGAAUCGGCCUCAACCACGCUGGUAGCGCCCGCUCGGUCACCCUCUCCCCCAACAUGUUUACUCCACCACGGGCCGCUGUUUCGAUGGAGAACCUGCAUCAGGCCCACCGGCGAACCUCCUUGGUUGACAAGCCUCUCCCGGACAUACGGCACAGGGAUCGCUCUGUCUUGUCUUUGAAGCGCUUUGGCGCUAAGCUCCAGCAUCGUUUCUCCUCCGUCAGCAACCAGCUAUCCCCAACGCCCUCUAGGACCAAUCUUUCGGUGGCAGACUCUACCGCUCGAGAGUCACCCGGUCGCUCACACUCCAUUGCAACGGCCACCUCCCCUUCCUCAAUAAGUAUACAUACAGCCACCCCAGACAUACCCGACCUGCCCGAGCUGGCUGGUUCUCCUCCCUUACAGCACCCUAACCUUCACGAGCUGGCUGCAUUUCCUCUUCCGCACCCAAACAUCCCCGAGCUGGCCGGCUCCCCUCUCACUCAGUCCCAGCUCGUAAAAUCAGUCGAGCUUGGCGCCUCCCUGAACGAGAUACCACGAGAUAGCAUCGAUUCAAACGCCCGCACCUUUGUAUAUGAAAAUGUGGUUUCCCUCCCCGAGUUUGAACGCGGUGCUCCUCUAUCCUACAUCGAGAAACACUUCCCCGAACUAGCCCUCUCAGACAUUCCCGUCCACCAAUGGCCCAAGGAAUCCUUCAACCCCAUCAAACGACCGGGAACGCCCGCUCAGCUCCCUCGCCGAGCAACCACCGCAAAACUAAAACCUUUCCUACGCGGGCUCUUCUCGAAAUCAUCCUGCGUACAGCCCACUGAAUCGGUCACGGCCGACAGCUGCUCUGAAGAAUCGCGGACUAUCGUUGAACCUUUACCCAAAGAGCCAAAGAAGGCCCCACCUAAUACCAUUUCUAUACGCACUUUAACAAACAGUGAACCACGGCUGCCACUCCCUGCACCUUCAAUAUAUAAUCGAGAUACCCUCAGCAGCAGCAUCCCUUCUCGCUCACCGUCUACCAGCUCUAAAGCUUCGUACUUGCCUUCUAACGCCUAG